AUGCAACAAACUGCUAAGAGAAUAAAACUAUAUAGAAGUGCCAAGGUCAAAUGUCAUCAUGAUGGCUCCCCACCCUGUCGGUCCUGCUCGUUGAACCCCGGACGGGAAUGUGUCUUGAGCACACCGAAACAUCAGUCGAAACGACAUCAAAAUUCUCUUGGAUCUAGACGAGAUCGGUUAACCCGAGUUUCCAAGUCUCCUAAAGAUAGUGAGAAUCGAGAAGCAGCGAUCGGUCGUUCCGUCUCCCACACCGAGUCCGCAAGGGUCCCACCUCACCGAAACGGUACACAAUCCUCGUCAUUCAACGGUGAGAUAAGAAAGCAGAGUAAAUUUUGGACGCAGUCAAUAGAAACGCUCGGGCCUGGGGAUCCUCUGGCAGGCCUGGAUGGCAAACUACUGAAGGAUGCUUUUUAUGUCUUUCUUCGUCAUUUCCCGGAGUUCGGGUUCUUUCAUCAGCCAACCUUCUGUAUACUCCUUGAUAAAGGAGCUAUACCAACAUUACUGCUUUGUAGCAUCCUGGCCUUAAGUGCCCGGUUUAUGCCGGAACUUGCCAAUCUCCACGGGAGUCCCGAAAAAGCCUCGGAAUAUUUUGCGAAUUAUACUCGUCAGAAUAUCAUGAGUCACGCCAUGACAGCCAUGGAUAUCCACACAGGCCAGACGCUACUCAUGCUGAGCUUGUAUGACUGGGGAAAUGGCGAUGGCUCCCGCGCCUGGGUGUAUAACGGCAUGGCUACCCGGAUCGUUCAUGGGGUUUACGCACAAGCCAAAGAAUCAGCUAAGAUGGACAUGUCUUCUUUCAAGAAUUCCCGUCUAGAAGAGGCAUGCAGGACUGUCUGGGCUUGCUUUCUACUUGACUCUAUGAUCGGAUGUGGAAAAUGCCAGGCGUCCAAUUUUUCGAUGAGCACAGGUAAGAUUCCUCUGCCCUCGGGCGAGGACGAUUUUGCGUUUGGAAAUAGUCCGUCUUCUAGACCAACCUUUAUGGAAGCGUGGGAUUUUGAAACCAAUGACUAUCACCCACAGAAUUUAUCCUUGCCGGACAAGAUGGGUUGUGACCACAGCCUCGUUUUGAUAGUCCAAGGCUUCCACAUCUGGCAGGCGAUUUCAUCUUGGGUCUCUACUGGAGGGAGAAGACGCCAGUCACCGUCAUCAAGAGAGCCUCCUUGGCGAGGCUGCUCAUUUUGGUCUCGCAGCAUGGCCGCUGUGAAAGAUUGGCGUGCGUCACAAUCUCCACAGUUGAUAUUCUCUGCGUCGAAUAUCAACAUUCACGUGUACAUUUCACGUGGCGAGGGUGAGCGUUUCGCUGUUAUUAACCUUCUCUACUACUUGAAUAUAAUCCUUCUUCACCGGGAAUAUAUCCCUUUUGUCCCUCACUUGAUCAAUCGUCCACAGGGACCAGUACAACCCCCCCUGUUGAUGGAAGAGGCUCCUUUUGGAUGGUGGGAAAAGAGUGCGCAAGACAUGUUUGCAGCUGCGUCAAAUAUCAUCGAGAUGAUGCGGGAGCUCAAUAAGGGCGGGGUUCAGUUUCAAACGCCAUUUGCAUGCUUUUGCGUCUUCAGUGCUGCGUCUGCUCUCUCAUAUGCGACUACAUGGCCGUACAUGGCACCCGGACUCGAUCCUCAAACUUCAUCAAGUCUGUUCUCAUGGGCAUCUACAUGGUUAAGCCAGGCUUGCAAAUUCUGGAAAGUCGCAAAUGGCUGGUAUAGUACCAUGCUCACACUAUGCCAACUUUAUACGCAGAUCAAAAUGGAUCCAUCUCAGAUACUGAAUGUGCGACGAGAUGUAUUUGUGGCCUUGGAAGAGAACAUCCAACGACUAGCAGGUUCCGAGACCCUGGAUCUAGGCGAUAUUCCGACCGCAAACAUUCUUCUACUGCUGCAGAGACAACAAGGGCAAACGGAGGGCAACAGCGAGGCGAGCAUGGGAGGAAGAAACAGCUUCUCCGAAAGCAAUGUAGAAACCUCUCAGGGGGUGCGCGACAUAAAUACACCAAUCUUGGUAGAGUCUGGACAAGACCCUCUCGCGCCAGUUCAUCCUCUACCCUUCUACCUGAACUCUGAGCAGGAUUUGCUUGCAAGUAUUCUGUCAGACCCCUCGGGUGACUGGACUCGGCCUUUUAUCGACACUACACAACUUCCUGGAUCGUGA